UGUCUUCAAUUUUGUUUCUUAAAGGGGUUGUGUUUUAUACUACCUUUUUAAUAAACAAACUCGUGAACAAAACAAGUCUUUUCUGGUUAGUUUUGAGAUGAUGUAUUUGUCUUACUUUUUUCCUCAGUAAAAGAUACCGUAGCAUUUGGUGCCCAGUGACUGCAGUUUAUAAAGCAUGUGUGUUACCAUGGCAGAGCUUUCCAGCUGGAGCCCAGCAGACUUUGUCACUAGAACUGUGAGUGUGUGCAGUGGGACGUGGUAUCUGUUCCCUCCUGUGGGUUUUGUCACGGACUCUGUUCUGGCGUGGCACGUUAGCCUGGAGGUGAGAGGAGCGUGAGGAAUGACCGCAGACACUGGAGUUCUGAUGGGGACUGGUUGGGGGAGGGGGGGAGGUGUUAAGGACAAGCAGAAUUUCAGUUUUUAUUCUCAGAAGUGAAGUUUUUUUUUUCUUUUCUUUUUUGGUUCAAAGCUUAACACUUUGCUUAAAAGGCACUGGAAAUCAGUUGCUUCAAUUCACAAACUAGAAAAGAACAGGGAUGGCAAUCCCAAUUUUACCCAGUUGACCUUUGGGGUGCUCACCUAAGAGCUUUAAACUGAUGCCAUCUAAAACUGUACGAGUGCUUUAGCUGCCAACCUAAGAGGAAAUCCUUGAAUGAGGUCUUGAAAAACUUCAGCAGAAGAAACCUCUACUGUAUGAAACAGUUUAGAAAAGGGGAUCAAAGAAUGAACGAUUGAGAUGUUGAGGGCACUUGCCCUGCUGGUAGCCUGGAAUCCAGUCUGUCUCAACUGAAAAUGUGUUUAUGCAAAGAGUAUGUUAAUAAAAGACUAGGCACUGUCCCGGGAAGUCUUACAGCCUGGUAUUAAGUUGUUCCGGGAGAUGGCAGAGGGCGGAUUCAUACGCACUUAGGCAGAGGGAACUGGAUUCUGCUCUCCUACUUUCUGAGUGAGUAAACAGACUCUUAAGCUACUGCAUAAAAGGUAUAACGUCACCAGUUUGGUGACUCUAGUUCCACAGUGUAUUUUUCCAGCUGAGUCUGGCAAAUCUGACCCUGAUUCAGCAUUUCUGGAGUGGCUGCAGUUUGGUAAAUUUGGUAAACUAACUACAAAAACACCCCAAACUACCUGAUUCUUGCUACAGCCCUUACAGAACAAGAAUGGUAUUUUUAUUUUCUGAAGAUUUCUGUAGUCAUUUAAAUGGAUCCAGUGAUGAAGAGAGAGAAAAUUGGUUAUCUAGCUUCUCUGGGAUGGAGAGGAGUGAUCUUUUCCUUCUUGCAGAUGUUUGUGGAUACAUACUUAAUGCUGAAGUCCUUUCUGAUCCUGGCCAAGUUUGGUUCUCUGCUAUAACUUGUUUAUCAUCUUACACUAGAGUCUUCCAAAGUCCAGAAGCUGUCUUCUUUAUUGUGUACACAUUGUCAUAAAAACCCCCUACUUACAAUCCUAUUUUCCUCAUUCCUGAAACCUCCUAACCUGGUUGACUUGUUGGAGUGCAUUUCAUGCAUUCUUAGCCGAUGGGCUGAAGGAAACGCCUUGUUCGCUCACAGCUAGAGGCUAGAAAGCGUGUAGGGAGUUCAUGAACGCUGCUUGUCUCCUCCUGCAGUCCCUGCAGAGUGCACAUAGCCUGCCAGGGGAAGGAUCCCAAGCUGCUGGACACAGCAUGACCAUCCCGCAUCUGGGAAAUCUGACUGGUGUGACACUGCUAGUGACAGCGAGUUAAGACUUCCUGCUGGAAGAUGGAAGAAUGGGAAGUUCAGGUAAUGAAGACCACGGUGCACCAAAUCUCAGCCCUGACUCUUGGGACAUUAGGUUCCUCAUGUGCAUAGGAUCACUGAGAGGGCUGAGAUAUAACCUAGUUAUAUCCAGCCUUCUUAUGACUACUUGUUGGAAAGCACAAGAGUAUUUUAAGGGAAAUGAGAAAAAAAUAGAUAAAUGACCAUUCUUUUAAAAAAAAUGUAUCAUUUUUGUAGCAUUGUAGCUAAUGUGGUCACAAUUCAUACAAGUGUAACGGCUGCUACACACCAAUAAACAGUGCUAAAAGAGCUUACAAUUACUGUCACGAGCAAGUUAAGCAUGUUAAUAAAGUGGUACAAAGAAGCAAUGGCUAGUUUGCACCGAGUGAGGAACAGGAAAAAUAGACCUCUGGGCCAGAGCUAAUGCUUUUUAAAUUGUAUGUUGAUGUGUAGUGGUGGAGCAGCGUAGGACGAGCUGGUUCGCUGCUUGCUGUCGAGAUGGCCUGAUGUAGUCCUUUCUCAGGCCACAUGGUUGCUGAUGACUUUGCCAAGCUUUCUCUGCCUGGGUUGGAAUUUUCCAUGGCAAGCGUUGGCCUCCAGCUGAGCCACCAGAAAGUUUCUUAACCUAAACAGUGGGUUCCUUUCUAAAACAAGACUGAUUAAAAAUAGUGCCUCUUCCUAGCUUGAAGUUCUUCCAGCUGUUUGGCUGGGUUGUGCCAGUUCCUGCUCCCCUCGUGUGCUUUGGGAAGGUGCCUGUAAAUCAGGAGGAUGGCUUUUCAGUGUAAGUUUCUGUGUUUGGGAAAGUUCUGAAAGACGGUCUUCUGAAUCAGAUGCCUGUUACGGAGUAUCCCCUUGCAUUUCCUAACUGGUGACCAAGCUGUGUGUGUCCUGUCUCCACCACUGUGUUCAGGUUUGGAGUUGGGGAAAGGAUGCAGGAAGGGCAGAUCCUAAAAUGAGGACUGAGAAACUCUUGAGUUUGAAUAUAAUUUGGUAGCUGAUCACAGGGGGUUAGGGCUAGCUGAGCAACGGAUCGUGAGGGGGGAAGAACUGAAUAGACAAUGUGGGGGAGGUAGAGGUUACAAGCAAAACCAGACACAGAAGUAAAUGAUAAACAUGGACGGGAAGUUUGUAGAUGAAGGUUUAAGCAUGAAAAGGGGGGUGGAUUAUGGCUGGAUAACCUUAAUCCUCAUAGCCCUUAAUGUCUGAAUACUUGGUUUUGCAGCGUGAACAGUCUUUUCAUGUCUAAGAAACACUGAGAGACCAUUUGGAGGCAGCCUUUGCAGAUACUUCAGAAUACCCUUCAAGGCACAGAUGAGCGCAAGGUUUAUUAGGAAGCUUCUGAGGAUUGGGGGGGUUAUGACUAGAAAAGAAAUCAGAUAAAUGUAUCAGAAUAGGUUAAGCAGCACUCUGUAUUUCAGGGGUAGUUGGCUGGAAACACAAAUCUAAUGAUUCAUUAAGUUUUGCAUGAUACAACUGGCUAUUGGCCGAAGGUUUCCCUGGUUUCUGAAAAAUAACAGCCUUCUUUCUGCUACCAAGGUAAAUCAAUUAUGCUAUACAGUGUGAUGAGCUGACAAUGAGACUGGAAAAUUGAAUAGAAACAGCAGGCACUUCUCACUGCAUUCAUAGCCUGAGCAUUGCUAAAUAUGAUUUUGAUUACAGCAGAACACAUGAGCUCUGGUUGUAGAACUAGCUCCCCUGCGGCCAGAAACUGCACAAAUGCAUAAAAAUGAUGCUUCUCCAGGGCAAGCAAUGACAUUCCUUGUCCUACUCUUACCAUAUCUGGCAGCAGAGAUUUUUAAGGAGAACAAAAAGGAGUCUUAUAGUCUUCUGUUGACUUCCUGCAAACUAUUUUAGAGUAAUUCCUGCCUUAAAUCCAUAACUUCUGUUUGAGCUACAGUGUGUGUUUUAGCAGUCUUGCUACCAAAGCUUUAAGCAACUGGCAGACCCACCAUGUUCCUAGGUAAGUUGUUUCAAACAAAAAAAGGCUUUUUGUUUGUUUGUUUUACUUGAAUUUGCCAAAAUUUGAAUUUCCAGUGAUUUAAUCUGAGUGUCUUUUUUCUAACAGGUGAAGCAAUUACUUACUCUCAGAAGUCUUUUCCUUGUGAAGGCCUGUGCUGACAGUGAUCAAGGGGCAGUUGGUUAUUGAAAAUGGAAGACACAAGGAAGCUCUCUCCAAAGCCGUGUAAAAGCAAAGAACCUGUGAAAACAGAAUGGGGGUCUCAGAGUGUUGUAUUCACGUAUUUCCAAGGGGACAUUAACAGCGUGGUAGAUGAACAUUUUUCUAGAGCUCUAAGCAACACCAAGAACCCACAAGACCUGAGCACAAAGCACAAAGGCGAGACUGUUGUCCUGAAGAACGAUAGCAUGUCUCCCCAUCAGUGGAAUUUCUCUUCACAUUGCUCCAAACCAUAUCUGUCGUCUUCUGCAACAAGCAUGUCAAAUCCCGGUCUGAAUUUUUCUGCUGCUGGUAUGGCAGGCCAAUACCAGCCAUCUGCUCUGCGGAGUCAUCCAACUCAACCUGCAGAUUUAUGGCCCUUCCCUUCGAUUGGGACUCCCAGUCUUACCAGCUCAGUAUAUCAUCAUGCCUUGCCUGACCUGCACACAGUAGAGGAACCAAUCUCUGACAGGAAAUAUGGUUCUCUUCUUGGUCUUCUGCAACAGGAAAGAUGCCUAACAUCCAUGCAAGAAUGUACCAUGAAGCAACACUCAAGUUCUGCUUGUAUGACUGGACCUGCUAGGUUACAAAAUAUAAGUCAAAGUUCAGCUCCUGGGGGAGAGGGGAAAGCAAGCUCUUACCAAGGCUCAGAAAAUCCCAGCGUAAGCCAUGCCACUACAGGUAUUCAGAUUCAUGACAGAAGACGAGAUUUGUACUUUUAGCAACUGGAUGUUUCUACUUUAUUCUGAAAGAGAAAGUUCUUGCUGUGAACUUUCAUUGUUUGCACCUGUGAAUCAAGAAGAAAUGAACCGCGGCUAUUCUGUCCUUUUUAUCUCAGUUGGAAAAAUACAUGUACUAGUUAGUAUGAAAAACCAUCUUUUUCUAUUCAGUAAAUAACUUCUAAUAGCUGUGGUAUUAAACCUGACAGUACAUUU